GAGCACGUGAGUUAAAUGGUUGGGCUUUUCAUUUCCUAAGAAGUGGUUGGCUUGUGCGGAUUUGAGAUUAUAAAUUACUCGGUACAGCCUGACAUGACAUAUAGCCCAACCAUCGUUUCCUAGAGGAAGACGAGUGACAGCCUAACUGUUGUGAGUAGCUGCGCGAGCGGAGGUUGGGUUAGGCGGAGAGGGCGUUACUUACAUCGACCGUCAACUUAUCGGAAGAGAAUGCGUUCGGUACUUUUACUGCUUUUAACCACAACAUGUGUUUGCGGCGGAAAUGCAUCGAGUGGGGGUGAAGAUGCCUCGAAUGGAGGAGACAAAUCUAAUCAUCAAUUUACUUGUUCAAGUCUUCGUGAAUGCUGGAAAUGUAUUCAGGAUCCUUGCACUCGACGUAAUAAUGGUAAGGCUCCGACGGAUUGCGUUUGGUGUCAUAUUCCGGAUCAUCGAGAUGGUGGCAUUUGCAUGUCAAACCUUGAAAGUGACACUUGUUCUCAAAAUGAAAAUCAAACUAUUCUAGACAGAAAUCAACGCUGUCCUUCAGUUAGCCAUCGCGAAAACACGACAGCAAAACUAAGUUUGUGUAAGUACAAGGAGAAGUCUUCCAUACUUAGCGUCAAUACAAAAUACGGAUUUGGGACUCAACAUUCACCUACAGGUCAAUAUAUAACUUGGAUCAGUUUAUGCCAAGACGUCAGAGGUGAAAGUGUUCAGCUGAAAUGUGGCAUACACGGCAAAAUUGUUGCCAUCGAAAACUUGGAGGAUCCACGAGCACGGUGCUGGAUCUUUGGUGACGAUAAUGACACGCUAACCUUUAUGCCAAUUAAGUCUCAUGAGAAAACAGCUGUAUUAACUGUGGGUCACACUUACUGUUGCUCAGGUGCAGAUGAAAGACUCCUUAUCGAUGUGAAAGUGCAGCUACACAGAGACUGCGAUUACAACGGACAUUCUGGCGUCAUAGAGCCAACCACCAACUUCGUUGUCCUGGAGAACUGCACUGGAACAGAAGAACUUGUAUUCACGCUACACAAGUGUUUCAACUUGUCAUCAGACAAUGCAGAGCAAUCUGAGUAUCUUGGAAAUCUUUCCUUAUACAUUGUAAUUGGUGUGUUUGGGUUCUUUGGUUUCGUCAUGUUUACUCUAUACCUGAAACAGCGUGUCGAUCCGAAUUCUGCUACUGGACGUUGUUUUUGGUCAACUGAUGCUACAAAUACGUACCAACCUUACUUGUGUGAUAACGGGGACGACGACAAUGGUAGACAUGACAACGACCAAUUCGUCAGAGAUUAUUAUCUUGGCAGUUCUAGUGAUUCUAAUGAGACUACGUCGCCAGAACAGAUUAGAUGUUCGAGGCCACAACAGACUAUAGAUGACGGUGAAUCUCAAGAACAAGUCACUACUGCAGAAGUGCACAUUGACCCGUCUUUCAUCGACGGCCGACUAAUAGUGCCUCGUGAAGCUAGCCACAACGAUUCGACAGAAUGACGUGACAAUGCAUUAGAACUAGUUUAGUUUAUCAUAUCUUGGUAUUGAAAGGGGUUUGCACUAUCCGCUGGUGCGGUAACGUUGAUAUUGUUGUUGAUAUUUGAUAUGAAUAAUUGUGUUUAAUUAUCAAACCAUUUUAUUGCUCUUUGUUGCAAUGUUUAUUUGUUGCAUAUUGAAGAUCUUAUCGUUCAGAACAUUGUGUUUCAAUUGCAGCAGUGUAAACUUUCGGGUAAAAUGGGUAAUUUUGCUAUUUUGUAACUGAAAAUUGAAUAGAUAAAUU